AUCAGGUGCCUCAUGGGCGGGACAUCAUCCAGCAAAACGGUCAACCCUAAAUUCAACGGUUGUGAAUGUAGUGUUUUAGCAGUCUGAAAUGUUUGGUAAUCGUUCACGGAAACGUUGAUAAGGCACUCUUUGCGGCUAUGUAAGUCGUUUGUUAGUUUUACAAGUCACCAACACCCCCUGGACUUCCUUUACAAAAACAACUGAGAAUAGCAGAUGCUAACAGUCAGCUACGUUAGCUAAGCUAACUGCCUAGCCUGAAGCAUGCCGAAUUUUUGCGCGGCCCCAAACUGUACACGGAAGAGCACCCAGUCAGAUUUGGCAUUUUUUCGGUUUCCACGGGACCCUGAGAGAUGCAGAAUCUGGGUGGAGAACUGCCGCAGAGCAGAUCUGGAGGCGAAAACAUCAGACCAGUUGAAUAAGCACUAUAGGUUAUGUGCCAAACACUUUGACCCUGCCAUGGUGUGCAAAACAAGCCCCUACCGGACUGUAUUGAAGGACACAGCCAUUCCAACCGUAUUUGAUCUGACAAGCCAUUUAAAAAAUCCUCAUACCAGACAUCGCAAGCGGAUUAAAGAACUUACUGAAGAGGAUAUAAGGAAGAUGAAAGAAAGAAGAUUGGCGUCUUCAACUGAUCAGCUUUCUUUUGGAAAAGAUGAGGGUGCUGAUGAUGGUACAGGCAACAAUGAUGAUGAACCUCAACUGUCCACAGAAGAGAAGGAGUUUCGUGAAUACCUGCGGUCUUUGUUUGAGGUUGUGGUCAUGUUAGGAAAGCAAGGUGUCCCGUUAGUGGCUGAUAAAAUAUCUGAAGGUGAGCUGAAGUCCAACAGCCUCCAGGCCCUCCUAGAUUACCGCAUGAAUGCUGGAGAUGAAGCCUUGACGAAGCGGUUUGAGGCAACAGCGGUAAACACAGAAUACCUUUCUGCCACCCAGCAGAGUCAGCUCCUAGAUGUUUGUGAGAACACAGUAAGGGAGGAGUUGUUAAUGGAGGUGAGAGAGAGUCGAUUCUUCUCCCUGGUGACAGGUGACCUUGUUGAAUUUGCCAGCGAGAAACACCUGCCUUUGUUUUUCCGCUACGUGAAUCAGCAAAAUGUCCUUCGAGAGGAGUUUUUGGACUUUGUGCCAUUUGAUGGUGAUGAGCCUGCACUGGUAGAAAGGCUCGAGGCCCAGCUGACCGACCGUUGGGGGCUUAGCAUGGAGGACUGCCGUGGUCAGGCCCACAAGGCCACUGGGACUUCCACCAUCAAGAUGAAAGCUGUGGCAGUAUUACUGAUGGAGAAGUAUCCUCUGGCACUGCACAUGCCUUGCUCCCAUAUGGCACUGAACAUCCACCUGGCCAACAGCCUCCCUUUCCCCAAUGUCCAGGUUGUCAUGGAGACCAUGAGGAGGAUCGGUGCUUUCUUUAGAACCCCAUUAACUCAGGAUGAGCUGGAGAAGGCGAUCUCUAUUCACUACCAGAAGAAUGAAGAGAAAGGAACGACCCUAAAACAAGCUUGUGGCUCAGGCUGGACUGAGCAACACAAUGUUUUUGACCUGCUGGUAGAUAUGUUGCCGCCACUGCUGCUGUGCCUGGACGUCAUUCGGGACAAUGAUGAUGGAAAGUUUGUUGGUUCUGUCACGUCAGAUGCGUACUCAAUAGCAGAAACUCUUGCUGACUUCGAGGUCGUUGUCACCAUCAUCAUCUUAAAGAAUGUUCUGACGUUUACCAGAGCUUUUGGGAGAAACCUCCAAGGGGAAACACUUGAUGUGUUUUUUGCUGCCAACAGUCUAACAGCUGUCCUGCAUUCACUCAACGAGGUCAACGACAACAUCGACGUCUACCAUGAGUUCUGGUAUGAGGAGGCCGUGAGCGUGGCCACUGUGAUGGACAUUCCUGUGAAGAUCCCGAGGCUGUUCCUUCGGAAACAGCGAGCAGCCGACGUGGGCGAAAUCCAAGCAGAGCCGUAUUUUAAAGAGUAUGUGACGGUGGCUAUAAUCCGCGGCGUCAUGCAGGAGGUGGAGGACAUGUUCUGUGAGACCAACCUCAAAGCUCUCAAGUGUCUGUCGCUGGUUCCAGCUGUCAUGGGCCAAAUGAAGUUCAACACCACGGAGGAGAACUACGCAGACGUUUACCGCAACGACCUCCCCAACCCCGACACGCUUCCCGCAGAGCUUCACUGUUGGAGGAUCAAGUGGAAGCACAGAGGCAAAGAGGUGCGUCUGCCCACUACCAUCCACGAAACCUUGCAGCUCCCAGACGUCAAGUUCUUUCCCAACGUUAACUCCUUCCUCAAGGUGCUUUCGGCUUUGCCAGUGCUGAAGCUGGAGGACAACAAAAGUGACACGGCAAGCGAACGUCUGCAGGCUUAUUUUGACAGCACGCCCGCUAAGCAGUGGAACAAAAGUCUGGCGAUGCUGAACAUUAACACUCAUGUCAAGCAUGAUUUGGACGUCAUGGUGGACAAAUACUGCAGAUUGUAUGCAGAGGAUGAUCCUGAAGGUGAGGCCAAGCUGGAUGAAGCGACUGAGGAAGAUGUCACCAAAUAAAUAGACAUCCUCCGAGCAGCUGUAUGCUUUGAUGUAUGUACACACGGAGCAGCUAAUUCUUGCACUGCAAUUGAAUUUGCAGAUUUGGCAGCAAGAAAACUAAUUCUCAGCACUUCAUAAAAGAGUCAAUUGCAAACUGCAAAGAACCGCAAGACAGUGUCUGGGGGAUGAUCUGUAAAUAGUCCAGUGUCUUCUGUAACGAUUCUUUGUUCAGGAAAGUGUUUUGUCAGCAGUUUUUUUUCUCCAUUUAUUUUUGUAAAAUUAAGUGAACUGGUUUUCCUGCUGAAAAUUACCUGCUGGCCUGUUUUCACUGUUGUGCUUUUCAUUCGAACCACAUGAUGGAGGCAGAUGUCUCUGUUGCAGAGGUUUUACUGACUAUGAAGCAGGAAGAGCACAAGAGGGAGCAGUUACAUCAAAAUCAGUAGCAUCUCUGAAAUAAUGCUCAACAGGAAGUGUUUUUUAAAUAAUUUAAAGACGUAUCCUGCUAUCGUGAUAGAUUUUAGAUAGUAUAAAGAGCAAGUGUGUUGAAGGUUCAACUUUUUGAUGGAUUAAAAUAGCUUUUGAUGAAGUGAAUGACAUUGAAUGAGGAAAAUAGCAUUUGGAUGUGUAUUAUAAUAGCAGCAAAUGUUUUGUACUGUUGUCAGAUUUGACAAAAACGUUGCUUUAAUAAAACACUUGGUAUAGAACAGAAAAAUAAGGCAUAACUGUCAGCUUUUUUUUCCCGAAUAUGCUUGUUUUUCAGCUGCAUGCUUACAUUUUUGAAUCCAUCCACUUACAGCUUUCAAAAUAUGGAUUGCAUUCAAACAUGCAAAGGGAAAUCUCAAAUAAAUCUAAACGUUUGACUCAUUUUGAUGCAUGAUCAAGCUUUAAUUUUCUUUGUUCUGAGUCUCAGCUGCAUUCUCGGCCAUUUCCUCUAAAAUGGAACAAUGGGCUUCUGUUACAUCCACUGUACUUUUAUAGUUUCUGACAUGGCAGCAUGGGGUUAAACUGUGUCUCCUCCUCCUGCUUCCUCCCUGCUGGCCAGACGGUGACGAGCUCAGGUGAUAGUUCACCGUGCAAACUCCCAGUGCAGACCCCGGGCAUCUCUGGAAGCAUCACACAAAUGUGGGUGGGGUCGCUUUGAUGCGCAAACCAGACAGCAAUGUGCGCUCCACGGCAAGCCCCGAAGUCUUGAACUUGAGGAAGAACAGAUAUCCUGCAGGAGGAGAGAGAAAGAGGGAGGCGUGGAUGCAAAGAUACUGAAUUACAUAACGGAGGAAUAACCCUGACUGGACCAAAAAAAAAAAAAAAAAAAUCACAGAGGGCUCGAGUUGUGAGUAUUUAUCCCACAUUUUUUCCAGCCUCCUUGAAUUAAA